CCAAACAUCCACUUAGUUAAACAUACACUUAAUUAAAGUCGUGUAAAAAAAGAACGAAAUUAGUAACGACUAACGAGUAUAUGAAGCUUCUUGGUCGACGGAUAAGUUAUGAAAGACAGUGCCCUAACUCCGACAGAGGCUACGAUUUGCUGAAAAGGUCAUAAACAACAACAAUAACGAACGAGCUCACAAGGACGAUAACCGUAGGAUAACAGGUGAACUGAGUUUUUAAUACCUACUUCGCUGCUAAUUAUCGUUCUUUUGAGUUGCAAGAAAGGGGCGUUUAGUAGAUAUGAGUUGGUCCUGUAGUAACUAUCUUUGCUUGUCGAGCUCAACCUCUAGCUCUGUCGUCAAUUCCAACGAACUUACCAGGUUUACCAGAUGCAAGCUGUCUUGUGAGUAUGAAGAACAAAGAAGGAAACAUCAUGACCUAAAGAGACCAAUAAACAUUUUUGCUUACAACGGCUUGAAAUCUCCAUCUUAUAAACUCGACAAACCCCAAAAAAGGAAAGAUCAUGUCUUAAAGAAGCCAAAAAACAUUUCUGCUUACUACAGCUUGAAACCUCCAUCUUAUAAAUUGGAUGCUCUAGAGCCAUAUAUGAGCAAGAGGACUCUUGAGGUGCAUUGGGGAAAGCAUCACCGUGGUUAUGUGGAAAUUUUGAACAAGUAUCUAUCCAAGAAAGAUGUAUUGUAUGGAUACACAAUGGAUGAAUUGAUCAGAGUGACAUAUAACAGUGGAAAUCCAUUGCCAGAAUUCAAUGUUGCUGCUCAGGUCUGGAAUCAUGAUUUCUUCUGGGAAUCCAUGCAACCAGGAGGUGGAAACUUACCAAUAUUGGGUCUAAUGGAGCAGAUUGAAAAGGAUUUUGGUUCCUUUGCAGAUUUCAGACAAGAGUUUAUAGAAAGUGCCCUGACAUUAUUUGGGUCUGGAUGGGUUUGGCUUGUGUUUGCAUCCAGUUUUGAUUUGUAUUAUUGUGGGGUCCCAAUUUCAGUAAAGAGGAAUGAGCAACGACUUGCAAUAGCUACAACAACAAAUGCUGUAACCCCUCUUGUGUGGGGUGAUAUUCCUCUACUUAGUUUGGAUAUGUGGGAGCAUGCUUAUUAUCUGGAUUACAAGAAUGACAGAGCCCGGUAUGCUAAUGUCUUCAUGGACCAUCUUGUGUCAUGGAAUGCAGUAUUGGGCCGCAUGGCUCGUGCCCAGGCCUUUGUGAAUUUAGGAGAACCCAAGAUUCCUGUUGCCUAACUGCACAUCUCUCUUCUCUCCCUAUCUCUUUUAGGUAGCAAGUUUUGCUAGUAUUAAUGUAACUUCUAUUUUUGAAAAAUGCUUGGUGAGUAUUUUAGUUUUUGAGGCAGUAAGUAGUAAAUGCAGACCUGAAUUUUAGGCAUGAAUGAUUGCAAAUAUGGCAUUGUAUAUGAUUGAAAUUGCAGUAAAAAUCCUUGCAAGA